GUCAAAAAACAACACAGCAUUUCGUUCACUACUCUCACCGAACUAACGAUUUAUCUAGCUAAAGUUGGAGGGUAGUUACAGUUUUCGUCGUGUUUACCGUGAACGUAUUAUUUAUUUAAUUUAAAUUAAUUUCUUUAUUUUUUUUUUAAAGACACGACGAGGUUUAUGAAAAUGGAAAUUAGUUCGUUUAGCCGCGAUGCUAACGUUAGCUAGCCUAGCAGGAGGAGGUGUUUUCACUAAUAAAUAAAAACUGAUAGAGAAAAACACAUCCCGCUAGUUAUUUAAGGAUUAAACUAGAUUAGGUAUCGGCUCGACUAACAUUACAUUCUGCCUGACGGACAGUGAGAAAAAAAACAAUAAGUUAACUAUGGCCAUGUCCUUGAUCCAGGCCUGUCGAAAUUUGGCUUUAUCUACAUGGCUUUUAUCGUUUUGUUUCGUACGUCUCCUCUGUUUGGAUUUCACCGUAGCCGAGAGAGAAGAGUGGUACACAGCUUUUAUUAAUAUCACUUAUAUAGACCCGGUCACUUCUAAGUUUCGGACGGAGAAGACUGAAUGCGGUCGAUACGGAGAACAAUCACUGAAACGCGACGCUAAAGGAGUCGCGGUAUUACCGUCUCUAUCCCGGGACUGGCAAGCUUGUGAUCCCGGUACACAGUUCGCGGUUCCGGUCCAAGGUAAUGCUUGGAUAGCUCUGAUAGCCAGUGGAAACUGCACCUAUAAAGAUAAGAUUCGACACGCAGCGAACCAAAACGCAUCGGCCACCGUUAUAUUCAACGUUGGAUCCGGUAACGCCAAUGAUACAUUCACCAUGCCAUAUUCAGGUAUGGGUGAUGUGGUCGCCGUCAUGAUCCCAGAACCUAAAGGUCGCGAGGUCGCCGCUCUGCUGGAGCGGAACGUCACGGUAACCAUGCACAUCACCAUAGGAACGCGUAACCUCCAGAAGUACGUGAGCAGGACGUCGGUGGUGUUCGUCUCCAUCUCCUUCAUCAUCCUGAUGAUCAUCUCUCUGGCCUGGCUCGUCUUCUACUACAUCCAGAGGUUCAGAUACGCCAACGCACGAGACCGUAACCAGAGGCGUCUGGGAGAUGCAGCUAAGAAGGCCAUCAGUAAACUGCAGGUCAGGACCAUCAGGAAGGGAGACGGAGAGACUGAGUCAGAUUUUGAUAACUGUGCCGUGUGUAUCGAGGGCUACAAGCCAAAUGAUGUGGUCAGGAUACUACCGUGCAGACAUCUGUUCCAUAAGAACUGUGUGGACCCUUGGCUACUGGAUCACAGGACCUGUCCCAUGUGCAAGAUGAACAUCCUCAAAGCCCUGGGCAUCACUUUAAAUGCAGACUGUCUGGAUGACGUGCCAUUGGACUACGAGAUGAUGAGUGUGGGUGGGGGGGUUGGGGGUCUGGGCCUAGAGGCUGUGGUGUCGGGAGGGUCCAGUGACGGGACCCUCAGCGAGGGAGGAUCGGUGGUUCUGGACCCGGGGGUGCGGAGGGUGGGGCUCCCCCAAGACUACCACGACCCUGACCCUCUGAGGGACAGUCCCAUUACUGCUACUACUGAGACACAUACAGGUGAGUUCCAGCCCAUGACCAGCAGUGCGUCCCUGGUGAUCGCCGUGGAAACGGGGCUGUCGGACGAAGACCUGUCACUAGAACAAUUAACCCCUACUGGGGACAACAAGUCCUGAGACCACAGAGCCUAACUGGGGUCACACCGGUACCAGAACCAUGACGGUACCGGGCCCCUGGGACAGAGGAUGGAGACAUACCUGCAGGCUUGAUUUUUACUUGGACUAUGGCUGCAUGGAUGGACCUACCUGGCUAUGGACAUACCUGGGAUGGACCUACCUGGCUAUGGCUACCUGGGAUGGACAUACCUGGCUAUGGACAUACCUGGGAUGGACCUACCUGGCUAUGGACAUACCUGGGAUGGACCUACCUGGCUAUGGCUACCUGGGAUGGACCUACCUGGCUAUGGCUACCUGGGAUGGACCUACCUGGCUAUGGACAUACCUGGGAUGGACCUACCUGGCUAUGGCUACCUGGGAUGGACCUACCUGGCUAUGGCUACCUGGGAUGGACCUACCUGGCUAUGGCUACCUGGGAUGGACCUACCUGGCUAUGGACAUACCUGGGAUGGACCUACCUGGCUAUGGCUACCUGGGAUGAACAUACCUGACUAUGGCUACCUGGGAUGGACAUACCUGGCUAUGGCUACCUGGGAUGGACCUACCUGGGAUGAACAUACCUGAGAUGGACCUACCUGGGAUGAACAUACCUGACUAUGGCUACCUGGGAUGGACAUACCUGGCUAUGGCUACCUGGGAUGGACCUACCUGGCUAUGGCUACCUGGGAUGGACCUACCUGGCUAUGGCUACCUGGGAUGGACCUACCUGGCUAUGGCUACCUGGGAUGGACCUACCUGGCUAUGGCUACCUGGGAUGGACCUACCUGGCUAUGGCUACCUGGGAUGGACAUACCUGGCUAUGGCUACCUGGGAUGGACCUACCUGGCUAUGGCUACCUGGGAUGGACCUACCUGGCUAUGGCUACCUGGGAUGGACAUACCUGACUAUGGCUACCUGGGAUGGACCUACCUGGCUAUGGCUACCUGGGAUGGACCUACCUGGCUAUGGCUACCUGGGAUGGACAUACCUGACUAUGGCUACCUGGGAUGGACCUACCUGGCUAUGGCUACCUGGGAUGAACAUACCUGAGAUGGACCUGCCUGGGAUGGACAUACCUGACUAUGGCUACCUGGGAUGGACCUACCUGGCUAUGGCUACCUGGGAUGGACCUACCUGGCUAUGGCUACCUGGGAUGGACCUACCUGGGAUGACCAUACCUGAGAUGGACCUGCCUGGGAUGAACAUACCUGACUAUGGCUACCUGGGAUGGACCUACCUGGCUAUGGCUACCUGGGAUGGACAUACCUGACUAUGGCUACCUGGGAUGAACAUACCUGACUAUGGCUACCUGGGAUGGACCUACCUGGCUAUGGCUACCUGGGAUGGACCUACCUGGGAUGGACAUACCUGGGACGGACCUACCUGGGAGGGACCUACCUGGGAGGGACCUACCUGACUAUGGCUACCUGGGAUGGACAUACCUGACUAUGGCUACCUGGGAUGGACAUACCUGACUAUGGCUACCUGGGACGGACAUACCUGGGAGGGAUCUACCUGGGAUAAGAUCACAUGUAGUGGGUCACCUCGUACCUACAUGGAGAAUAGACUGGCUAUGGUGUCCUGGUCACCUGUCCUGUAUGGAUGGUGGAGCUGUAACUACAGUAUGGAGUAAAAGGUAUGGCUAUACCUUUCUGAGGUAUUGACUUGGUGUUGGUUGGUUACCUGGUGAGGUAUUCUGUGUGUCAUGGAGCUGUUACUUGGAGCUCACGUACGGAUCUGGAACAAGUGUUUCACAAUAAGAGUUCAGAUCACUCAGAUGACCAAUUAUGGAAACAACGGAACUUUGGGAUCUUCUUCUAAACCUUAUAUCUCUGAAACGGGACCUUAUAUCUCUGAAACGGGACCUUAUAUCUCUGAAACGGGACCUUAUAUCUCUGAAACGGGACCUUAUAUCUCUGAAACGGGACCUUAUAUCUCUGAAACGGGACCUUAUAUCUCUGAAACGGGACCUUAUAUCUCUGAAACGGGACCUUAUAUCUCUGAAACGGGACCUUAUAUCUCUGAAACGGGACCUUAUAUCUCUGAAACGGAACCUUAUAUCUCUGAAACGGGACUUUGGGAUCUUCUUAUAAACCAUAUAUCUCUGAAACGGGACCUUAUAUCUCUGAAACGGGACCUUAUAUCUCUGAAACGGGACCUUGUCCACCAUCACACACAGUACUGUUGUAGCUUACAUGACACUACUAGAGGUUCACUCAAUACUACUGUAAAAACGACGACGUCAACAACCGAUGCAGAUAUUACAGACACCACCACCAAAAAAAUAAAUAAAUAAGACCUCUGGGAGAUGUAGUCAGUGAACUGCUCUGAGAUUUACCUGUAAUGAGGCUGUCUCUACCUACGGUAACCAUGGAUACGAACACACAACUACAGUAGUGUUACCAGAAC